AUGCUCAGUCUUCGCAGCGAUGUGGUGCGCCGCCGUCCGGACCUUGCCAAACAACUGGAUCGUCCAUAUAUCGACCCUGUACACAGCUCAGACCUGCCCGCAUACGAUCCCGCGGUCCAAUCUCUCGAUCGAUUGGAAUCUUCAGAUGCCCCUCGGACUGGCGGUAUACGAGAACAGCUGCGCAAAUGGCAUCAAGAAAACGGCCACCUACACACCGAAAUCGUAGACGAUUUCGACGUCGACACCUCGGGCGAACAGACAAACAACUUCACUCGUCUGGGCGAUGUCGACAAUUUUCGCCGCCCAGACGAAGACCGACAGAAUCAACACGACGACUCUUCCAAUCUGAUCACCCCGGGCAACCUCGAGGACUGGGAUCCACACCAUCGUUUCCUGCGCCAGGGCGAUCUCGUCCUGCUCGACUUUCCCCGUUCCGAACGAGAACCGAUCCUCGCUAUCUUUGUACGAAGAGUUGGAAGGCCCGCACAGUCUCAAUUCUACACCGUCCAUGGAAAAUGGGUACACGGCGUUGAACGAAACAUCCAGCACGCUGUUCCUGAUCUCGUCUCUCCGGCUCAAGUUGAACCCAUCAUCUCCUAUCUCCCUGAUGAGGGCAUCACUGAAGAGUUGCUGGACAAAGCCCAGAUGUUCGACCUAAGUGUUCCUAGAGACGUCUCAGCUCCUUUGAUCACAAGAAUGCUCGACUUCCAGAGGACAAGUGAAGAGAUCUACCGCCAGAAUGCAGCCGUCCUUGACGGCGCUCAUCAGUCGCUAGCCCAUCCCACCGACCUCAAGUUUGGUACCCUCGACCUGAUAGCUAGUCGGCUCUUGGGCAAGGACAAAGACGAACCCAUAUCGCAGGAAAAGAUUUUUGCUGUCCGAAAAGCUCUUUCUCGAGGAGGCUUCGCUUUUGGGCAUGAUCGAAGGAGUCAUCGCAUCACUGGCUUCGUUCAAAUUCGCUCCAAGGAACAAGUGGCAAACGUUGAAAAGGUGCGCAACUGGCUGAGAGCAUGGCAAGACGAUCUGGCAAUCUUUGCGGCUGGAGAAUCUUCAAGUCAUCAAUUCUCGAAGCAGGCUCAGCAUGUCGUUAACUUCAUUCACAAAGCAAAGAUGCUUAUUCAGCAGAGCCGUCAGCGUCGAGAAGUCACAAUUUUCGGCCGCGUGGGCAUCAGCAAGACACGUUUCGACAUCAACAAGGAAGAUGUCGUACAAUACGAGUUCACAGAAGAAUUUGACGAUUCUGAUCGUGAGCUGAUCAAAUUUUUCGAAGCAUGGUCGUGCUCUGGUCUGUUCCUGGGUCUUCCUCGUAUUGAGGCACUGCCUCCUCUUGUCUUGCAGGCGACUGGUAUGUACGAAGAUGAGAAAUUGGAUCCGAGGACUGCCUUCGUUUUCCUGCAGGAAAUUGGCGUCUUGACGCCUCACGAGAACCGAGUACGCUUCGAUAGUCAUCUCCUUUUGCCUUCUUCGCAACACUCCAAACCCCUUGAGCAACUCAUGACCAAAGUCAUGAGCUUAGGUGAAUCCCCUGGCUUUGUGGAUUCAAUGGCGCACUUGCGCAAGGAUUGGGGUGACCUGCCCGUCUUCUGUAUUGAUGGUGAGGGCGCUCACGAGAUCGAUGACGGUGUCUCUGUCGAAGAUGCUGGCGAGGGCGAACACUGGGUCCAUGUUCACAUUGCCAAUCCCACCGCAUUCUUCGAUCAUGAUAACCCCCUCGCUAAGAUGGCACGCCACAUGACCGAAACCAUCUACAUGCCAGAGCGUGCUUUUGUUAUGUUGCCAAGAUGGUCGACGAGGAAGCAUUUCAGUUUGCAGGCUAAUCGUCCUGUCCUGACUUUCAGCGCCAGACUGAAUUCAAAAGGCGAGACAAUGGAGCAGAAGGUCCAGUCAGGUUUUGUCAGGAACGUAAAGUUCAUAAAUCCCGCAGAAGCCGCCCGAGUGGUUGGUGUCGCGGCUGGAUUGCAACCAGACGUUGUUAUUACGGUCGGAGGUGACCUACCUGUUCGCAAACCAAAAAAGACUGGCAAUUCCUUGCUCGAACACGAGAUCGAAAUGUUGAAGACGCUGCAAGUUCUUGCCGAGAAACGUCAGACACAGCGUCGUCUGGCCGGAGGCCUGUUCCUCGACUCGAACCGGCCUGAAAUCAAUGUCUGGCAUAAUCAGAGACGCAGUGGGCUCCCAUGGGAGCAUCCGUCCAGAGUGAGAGCUCGACACGUGGUUGGCGACCCUAUCAUCGAGUAUCGCACCAAAGCACUAACUUCGUGGUUUUCUUCUGGCGAAGGUGUCUCUGACAUUCUUGUCCGCGAGCACAUGCUGUUAGCAUGUGAGAUUGGCGCAUCGUGGUGUGCUGAACGCGGCAUUCCCAUCAUCAAUAGAGGAACCAUUGUCAGCCCCGACAUCAAUGACGCAAAGAGAUUCUACGACGAGGUACUCGCUCCAGCCACGGAAAAGAACAAUGGCGAAGCUCCUAUGCAUCUUGCCAUUGAAUACCUUGCGAACUCCGGUUCCACCGUUCUCACGACCAAACCCUUGCACCAUCGUGUCUUGGGUAUACCCCACUAUAGCAAAGCUACAUCACCGCUUCGUCGUUAUGGCGAUAUGCUUCUUCAUUGGCAGAUUGAGGCGGCUUUGCGUGAGGAAGCCAAAGCAGGCACUCAACUCGACUUCCGAGGCAAGAAUCAGUCGCUGCUUCCAUUUUCAGAAAGUGCUCUUUCUAUGAUAGCGAAGGGAUUACAGCCCCGCGAGUCUAUGAUUCGUCGUGCUACCACAUAUGCAGAAGAACACUGGCAGGCCAACACUUUCUUCCGCGCCCACAACUACAAAGAGUUUGAGCUGCCAGCUACGAUGAACGCUUACGUACACAUGCAGCCCGCGACUCUGAAGAGCGAUUUUGCCGUCAUCAUCAAGGAGUUUAGUCUUAUGGCUACGAUGACCCGACCACAAGAGUAUGGUCUUGCAGAGGCCAAGGCCGGUGACACCUGGGAGUGUGAGAUUGAAACUGUCGAUUGCUUCACGCGCAGAGUUCUGUUCAAGCCUGUGCGUCUGGUCGACCGCUGGGAAGGAUAG